UUAUUCAUAUUAAAAAAAGGGGUCAACGAUCAUGUUUUUAUUGACCUGGAACUCUAGUGUAACAGGAAGUACAUUAGUUUUGGAAGACAGAAGAAUCUGAGCCGGAAUAGGAAUAGGAUCACUAACUUCACUUCUACUUUUAUUUAUUUAUGUUUGAGAAGUUAAGGAAUGGUGGAUGGAAGCUUCAAAGAUGACAAAGCACCCUCUCAUUAUUGAAGAAUGGAAUGGAUCUUCUUCUACCAAGCUUUUCAAAACCGCCACUAUCACUUUCUCCCCUUCUCUACAAAUCCAAAGAUCAGUUAAUGGUUUCAACCAUGUUUGGAGACGAUUCCUCGAUGCCUUCGUCCCCGAGGGUUUCCCAGGCAGUGUGACUCCAGAUUAUGUCCCUUUUCAAGUAUGGGACUCUUUGCAGGGACUUUCAACAUAUAUAAGAACAAUGCUUUCUACACAAGCUCUUUUGAGUGCUAUUGGAGUUGGUGAGAAAUCCGCAACUAUUAUAGGUGCAACUUUUCAGUGGUUCUUGAGAGAUCUAACAGGAAUGCUUGGAGGCAUAUUAUUCACACUUUAUCAGGGAUCAAAUCUUGAUAGCAAUGCAAAAAUGUGGCGUUUGGUCGCAGAUCUCAUGAAUGAUUUAGGAAUGUUGAUGGAUCUUCUUUCCCCUUUGUUCCCUUCAGCUUUUAUUUUCAUUGUUUGCUUAGGGAGCUUGUCAAGAUCAUUCACCGGUGUUGCCAGUGGAGCCACCAGAGCUGCUCUGACACAGCAUUUCGCCCUCCAAAAUAAUGCUGCGGAUAUAGCUGCCAAGGAAGGAAGCCAAGAGACAAUGGCAACAAUGAUUGGCAUGGCAUUGGGAAUGCUUCUUGCUCGCAUUACUACUGAAAACCCAGUCGCUAUUUGGUUUUCUUUUCUCUCUCUGACAAUGUUCCAUAUGUAUGCAAAUUACAAAGCUGUCAGGUGCCUCAGUUUAGACUCACUGAACUUUGAGAGGAGUUCGAUUCUUCUACAACAUUUCAUAGAAUCUGGCCAAGUUCUCUCUCCUAAAGAGGUUUCAGCCAUGGAGCAUGUUUUGCCCUUAUGGACCACUUUAAGGUUGUCAAAGAGUGCUAAGCCCCUACACACCAAUGUAAAACUAGGCUUAAGGGUCUCCACUCUUGAUCACUCUGAAAUGGCCAACUUUCUGACUUCAGCUGGAUCAUUUUACAAUGAAGCAAAGUAUUUACUAGUGGAGAGAAAGGGAACGGUCAGCGUUGUCGUGCACAAAGAUUCGACAGCUGAAGAUAUCUUGAAGUCGUAUAUUCACGCACUUGUUGUGGUCAAUCUUACGGUUGGACAAAAAUCUCUACAUUUGGAGUGCCAAUCAUGGAUGGAUAAGCACUAUGAAAGCUUUGUUCAGAAGCUAAAGUUAGCAGGGUGGAAAGCUGGAAGGCUUCUCUCUCACUCAAUCAUAUGGAAAGCACACUGGUCAUUGGGUGAAAAAACUGACUAAAGCCACUUUAGUUUAUAUUACAGCAAACAUGUCAAAUGGCUACCCUAUUAAAGUAAAUUACAGCAAAAAAGAAAAAAGGAAAUUCAAUUUCUUAUUCACUGCUUCAAUGGUGCAAAUCAGACAACCUGGUUUAAACUGAGUUCAUGUCUGAGAUGGAAUCGGCAAAGAAAAAUUCGGAAGUUCAGAUCCAACAACGGGGAGUCGAUGUGUAUGAGUUAGAGACUAAAAAAAGUCAUAAUUAUUUUUCUUUAUGAUUUUUAUAUUUGACAAAGUUUUAACCAUUUAUUUGGAACAUUUGUUUUAUUUACUGAAUUAUUAUCAUUCAUUUUGAGUAUGCAGAAAGCUGUAUGAUACAAAAGCACUGUAACUUUUGCAAAUUCAAGUGAUCCGUUUAUUAAAGAAUAAA